CAGUCGAGUAGGCGCAGUGAUCAUAGAAAGUUUAAUUUCAGUUUCGCUUUAGAUUCACAUCUCAGUGCUCGUGUUAGUGUUAAAAAAAAAACCAUGAGCUUUAUUGUCAACUCAGCAGUGUGCUUGUCUGUGAUGCCGGACUGUGAGCACAGACCUUUGGCAAGAAGGAUGUCAGCUCCGGGUUUAACUUCGGAGGCCCAGUUGCGGUACCUCCUGCAGUGGUUUGGAGAGUUCAGUGAGCUGCAGCGGGAGGACUUCCUGCCGGUGCUGGCUGCGGCGUCAGGAGGCAAGGCGGACCAGCUUGCCGCCACACUUGCAGCCUUGUCUUGUGAGGAUAAGCCUGUCAGCUUGUUUCAAUGCAGAAUAAAGUUAUUCAACGAAUGGUAUCCCACUUGGACUGGAGACGAAAAAGACAGACUACUUUCCGGAGUCACAGAAAUGGACCCGGACUUUGGUAAGAAGCUACAGGAAUUUAUAACUAACGGACCUAAGACGAACGGUGAUCUCAACGGAACCAAUGAAGAACAUUCUCCGACUGAAGAGAAAGCUGAGGAAGUACAGAAUGAAGAAGCUGAGGAACAUGAAGUUAUUGAGGAACAGGAGGAACCAGCUAUACCACAGGAUGCUAAUAUUGGUUUGGAGAUAACAGCUGCCUCUUAACAAAAAAAAAUAGUC